GGUUUGUAUAAUAAAAGCAGCGUAACACAACACUGCUUGUCAAAGCUAUUUGAUUUGAUCUGAUGUCAAAUAAAAUGACAAAGCAUGUUUCAGUCGCAAAAUGGCUACGCUGGAAUUAGGUAACAAAUCUAAGAAAAAGGAUGACAAACUCAACAAGUUUAUCUGUCCCAUCACGUAUACCAGUCAGUUGCCCGACCCAACUGUGGGCUGCAAAUUUCUGCCGUGUGGAAAAACUUUGCUAGACUUUACCACAGAGCCGGUAUCCUUUCCGCAGCUCGAAACGCAGUUUAGCUAUCAGUUUAAGGGGCUGCAGUUGCUCUUUGAUAUCGAUCUGGUCAACCCAGGUAUUUACGCGCACAGCAACGGGGAGGCAAUCGAAAUGGAUCCCAAGGAUGCCGGCCUACUCGCGGACAUUGAGGCGCUGCACAUUAACAAUCAAAAGCCAAAGGCGCUGCAUAGCUUUCCGACCCGCGCCCAGGAGUGCCGCGAGCUAUUUGCCAAAGAGCGAACCGCUGUGCCUCGGCCACGCGCAGGUCUUCAACGGCUGCAGCCGGAGCCAGAGCAUCUGGAGCUCGAGUCCUUCAGCCUUGAGCAGCAGAAGCAGAUCGUUCAACAAACAUUCGUUGAUAUUGAGAAGCCUCUGGGAUGCCAUCCCACAAAGUCGGCAAGCACCGCACGACCCGUCGCCCAGCUGCCCAUUUUUCCUGAGGCCAACUACUCGCAAUAUGAGCACGAACUCGUCCAGGUUCAGUUUGGUAUUCCGCCCAGCGGCAAUAGCAACGGGCUGCUCAAGGACUGCGGAAACUAUUUGGUCAACUUUAAGGUAAAACCCGAGCCGCUAUUCAAGCAGAUUCAGCACACCUCUGGCCAAAGCCUAGUCACUUACCUCGCCGAGGAGCGCUACAAGGAGGAGCGCACCGCGGACAGCGCCGACCGUGGGGAACGCUUUAUGCUGCGGGAGAAGGAUGGCAGCAUCUAUUACCAGGCAGUCAGCAAGCACAUCAAGUUGCGCAAGGAGCGACCGAGUCCACAAGCUACGGCCAACGUCUGUCUGCUGCAGAUCAAGCGCACUAAGGAUAAUCCUCAACAGCUAAGCUCCGGAAUCAAGAAGUAGUUUGAGAAAUCAAUCAAUACAUUUUUGAUCUGUAGAAUUGCAAAAACUUUCUUCGCAAAUUGCAAUCUUUUUUGGAAA